GUUAGAAAUUCUACAAUAGCUUGUGAGAGAACGCUGACGAGGUAAAUCUGAAGCCUCGGAUGCGGCGGACAGACUGCAAGCACCCUCACCACCAAGAAACGCAAGAACAAAAUGCUAUGGUAGCUAGUUGACCUCCACCAUGGUCUUUUUCACGUGCGACGGGUGUGGAGAGACACUCAAGAAGAGUCAAGUAGACGGUCAUGCCAAUCGCUGUCGCCGAUGUGAUUCUGUGAGCUGCGUCGAUUGUUCCAUUUGCUUUUAUGGAGAUGACUACCGAUCCCACACUUCCUGUUCCAUGACGGAAGUAGACAACUUGGUGGCUUCCAGAGGAGGAAACAACAAAAGUAAGAAGCUAUCUCCCCAAGAAGCUUGGAUGGAAUUGUUAAACUCCAGUGUCAGCACGGCUCCUCCUUCCAUUCAAUGGCAUUUGCAACAAAUGGUCCAACUCGACAAUGUCCCCCGCAAGGAAAAACAGUUUCGCAAUUUUGCCAUCAACUCGUUGAAUCUACGUGGGAAUUCGGCACAAAAGAUUUUGGAUUGCAUUUGGAGUCAUCUCAAUGAACAACGAGAACUGCAAAAACAGCAAAAGGAACAACUGCAAAAGAAAAAGGAAGAAACAAAACAACCACAACAAUCUUCGGACAGUACUGCAACUCCAUCCACAUCGGACGAAACCAAAUCAGAUGAUGUAUCCAAUAGUGUGAGUGACACGGAAGAUCAAUCCAGCAGCAACAACAACAACAACAAAGACGACAACAACAACAAAGAGGAAUCCGGUAAUGAUGACAAGGCCAUGUACAAGAAUGUCAAAAAGGCCACCAAGAAACUCCUCAAAAAGGCACCCAAUCGCAGCAUGAAGUUCAAGUCUCUUCAAAAGGCUUUGCGGGAGCAGAUGGGGACAACGGACAAGGAGAAACUCAAAAUGGUCAUGAAACAGGUGAUGGCCAAGGAGACAAAAAAGUUCCUCUUGGAGGGAAAGCAAAUAAGACUAGUAUAGUUAGUUUGUCAGGUCUCUACAUUUAUCAGGUAGCUAGUGAAGCAAACUUUGGUUACUGGCUAUAGUCUAGUACGGUACCGCACGCCUUAGGAGUAAUGAAAAAGGUAGGUAUACAUGUAUCUUAGAGGUCAAUCCAAGCAAUGACUGAGUCUGAGUCGCUCCUGUCAGGUUUUGCAGUGCCGUACAUAGCAUAGCCGCAAUAUUCGAUCCUUGUGGGCCCAUUUGUCCUAGCAACUAGGAGUACCAAGGUAAGGGUAUUUGUCCCUGUUUGUGAGAUGCCGUACAGAACAAAUCCCAGAAUUGAUGAAGCGAACUUGCUGAGUAAGUGAGUUCAAUCUGAAUCUGAAUCUGAUCCAUAUCCUGCUAACAGCCCUGAUAACGCUGGUGUUUCAGCCUUUGCUGCUGGUUUGGAUUCUUCCUUUUUUGGCUUUUUGGCCUCGACACUACUAGUAUCAGUCUCUUCUUUGUUGCUUUUGUUGGGAUCCACUUUUCGCUUCUUCUUGACCACUAUUUUGGGAAAUUUGGGUUUGACAGAUGUCGCCUUUUUGUCAGCUUCUGAAGAUUUUUUCUUUCGUUGAAUUUCUUCGUCUUCUCUCUUCCUCUUUACCUCUAGCUCCUCAUCCUCGUCUUUCAUUCCCUGUUCCAUGCGAUUGACAGCUUGUGCGGCUCGAAAAGAUUCCAAUUCACUCUGUGUUUCAUUCUGGAUCAUUUGCUCUCGUUCUUGUCGUUGCUUCUGCAGAGCAUCCAAAUGAGCACAGUCUUCUUCGUCCAGCGCCAAUGUCCCCCGCAUUAUUGAUUUUUGGAACUCGUCCCGCUCCAUUUCUUCUUGUUCCUUGUUCGCUCGCAGCUGUUCAAACAACGGUUGGCUGGACGUCGUCACCCCCGAAGAGCCUUCGCUCUCCUUGCCUUCCACGGCUGUCUCCUCAUAGCCUCCGCCUUCUUUCGCCGUCAGGACCGCCUUGGAGACAAACGAUAAGCUCAUGGUGAUCACAGUGCCGAGUCCCAGAGUCUCUGUGGUUGCUUCGAAAAGUGCUUUUGAUUGCUUCCA